GGAAGCUAAUCAUUUGAUUUCGAGCAAACUCCACUCCCUCGAAAGAUGGCGGAUCGGUUCUUCAACAAUCUGAUGCCUGACCUUUCGCAAACUGUAGCGGAAGAUGGAGAUUCCCUCAUGAAUCUUCUUGCUAUGCCCUACUCGUCUCUCUCCCACCACCUCAAACGCUCUGCCUUGGAUCUUAAAGAAACUGUAGUGAUAGAGACUUGGGGUUUCAGUGGUCAGCUUGUUCACGACUUCACUCUUUACUCGGGAACCCUUGGUACUGCCUUUUUGCUCUUUAGAGCUUAUCAGGUCACUGCCAACGCCAACGACCUUUCCCUUUGCUUGCAAAUCCUUAAAGCUUGUGAUGCUGCUUCUGCCUCCUCUCGGGAUGUAACUUUUAUCUGUGGUCGAGCUGGCGUUUGUGCUCUUGGCGCUGCUGCUGCCAAGCGUUCUGGUGACCAAGAGUUGCUCAAUUACUAUUUGGCACAAUUCCAUCAGAUUAAACUAUCUAACGAUAUUCCUAACGAGCUCUUGUACGGAAGAGUUGGUUAUCUAUGGGCUUGUCUCUUUCUGAACAAAUAUGUUGGUGCAGAAACUUUGUCUUCAACUACCAUUCGCCAAGUUACUGAGGAGAUUAUCAAGGAAGGUAGAUCAAUGGCUAAGAAUGGAAGCUCUCCCCUUAUGUUUGAAUGGUAUGGCCAAAGGUACUGGGGCGCAGCACAUGGGCUUGCUGGUAUUAUGCAUGUCUUGAUGGAUGUUCAGCUGAAGCCAGACGAGGCAGAGGAUGUGAAGGGUACCCUUAAGUAUAUGAUCAACAAUCGGUUUCCAAGUGGAAAUUACCCUGCUAGUGAAGAGGAUAUGAGAAGAGAUUUUCUUGUGCAUUGGUGUCAUGGAGCUCCUGGGAUUGCCCUCACGCUUGUUAAGGCAGCUCAGGUUUUUGGGGAGAGAGAGUUCCUGGAGGCUGGUGCAGCUGCAGCAGAGGUGGUUUGGAACCGUGGAUUGCUCAAGAAGGUGGGGAUAUGUCAUGGAAUCAGUGGAAAUGCAUAUGUUUUUCUCUCCUUAUAUAGAGCUACGGGAAAGAGCGAGUAUCUGCACCGUGCAAAAGCCUUCGCCAGCUUUCUGCUUGACAGAGGCCACAAGCUACUCUCAAAAGGAGAAAUGCACGGAGGUGAUAGUCCUUAUUCCUUGUUUGAAGGCGUUGGAGGGAUGGCCUAUCUGUUCCUUGACAUGGUCGACCCAUCUCAGGCCAGGUUCCCGGGUUACGAGCUUUGAAGUUUUAGUUAAUGUAUCUUUGUUACUUCGAAUCCUUUUCCUGUAGUAAUAAAGUAGUAAAGCAAAAUGUUGUUGUUUUUUGGUGAUGAAUCAGUCAGAGUUGAUAUGUCUAGUGAAAGUGUAUGGAGAUGUCUCUGGAAACUGUUUUUUAAUUAUAUGAAUGUUAGGGGGGAGGGUGUGAAACAUGAAGUGACCACUAAGGUUCAACCUUUCUAUAUUGUCUGUGAGUAUUUUGCAUUGAAAAGAGUCUGUAUAAAUUCUCUUCGGCCUCUCCUCUUGUUUAAC